GUUCUAACACGUGAAGCAUAUAACCCAAGUUCUGAAAUUGAGCGUCGUGCGGGCGCAGGCGACGCGAUUCUACAUCUUCCGCAUCCUAUCGCGACGCUGUCCCAAGACGCGAUCCAAUACUCACUGUGAGCUUCUUCUUCUUCUUUUUCUAUCAUUGUAUUUCUGUUAAAUUUCUGGUUCUCUGUUAUAUCUAUGAAACCUCGUCAUGCAUCCCUUAGGAGAGGCACAUGUUCAAGAGCUUAAAUGAUUCUUUACGGCUUUGGAUUUUAAGAUUUAAAUUGUUCUGCAUGUGGAGAUGAUAAGCCUCUUGGUCUGUGCUUAGGGAAUCUUCACUUUGAACUUGUAAUCCUUUCCUCUAAGCAAUUCGUAAAUGUUGGAUCCUUUUAUGGACAUAGUUUUUAUCGUAGACAAUAGCUUAUUGGGUCUGUGUUGGAUUACUGGAUUCGUGACUUCUUGUUGAUGGGUCAUUCAAAAUAUGACAUUGCCUAAAUAUUUUCGUUCUUUUUUGUUUUCAGUGUUUGCCCCUAAAUGGUUUGGCUUUUUGAGUUAGGUUGAUUCUCUUUGAGCCUAAAUAAAUGCAACUUUAUUUUUUUUAAUGAUAGAUUUUAAAAAAAUUAGAGGUCAAUUCAUUAAUUUAAAAUAACCUAAUAAAUGUGUUAGAUACCUGUUCCUCAUCAUAUGAUUCAUAAUUAUUUAAAAUUUCUUGAUAAACUUUUAAUUUGCAUACACAUUCAUCGUAAUCCAAUCUAAAAUUCAUCUAUUUUCCACUGUACUUUUUGUGUAUAAUGUGUUGGUUGGUUUUUAAGUAAAGGAAUGAUGUUACCUUCUCUUGUGGAGAAGACAUUCCAAGUGUUCCUCUGGGCAUAACCAAAUAUUUGAAUAAGAUCCGUAAAGUGGAAUGUAUGUGACCUUUAAGGGGCAAGCUGUGGUGGUAUACUGGUCUUCCCUAUUGCCAUGCCUAUGGAGACUGGGAUGCUCUUCAGGCAUGGAAUGAUCAUUUUUUAGUUUUAUUGUGAAGUGGUUGAGGCUUGUUAUUGCCAUGCCAAUUGAAAAUUGAGCAGUUUAUUUCGUUUGUUUUCGUAAGAAGUGAAAAAAUACAUCUUAUGCCACAAUACUGUUUUUCUUCUAGAAUAAAUAGGUAACAUUAUUUGCUGCUGAUUUGGUUUGUUUUGGGACAUUAGGUGCUGGUUGUGGCUGAACAAUUAUUUAGGUUUUUAAUGCUUUAUGAAAAUUUAAGAUAACAAUGAUCAAUUGAGAUUUGGAAAUACUUUUUUUGCUUGUUAUUGACUUCAUAUUAAGCCUUGAGAAGUGGAAAUUCAUCAUCCUGAAUUCAAAAUCCAAUUUUUUUGCCUGUUAAAGUAAUGCUGACUUGAUCUUAUACAUCCUGACUUCUGGCUAUCCUAAUUAAAUAAGUAGACAGUAUUUAUUACAAAAUAUCAACUCUGAUAUUUCCUUAGUGAUAUGCUGAUGCUUAAAUAUAUCAUUGGUAUGAUUGAAGUCCUAGUUGUUAUGUUUGAGUUGUUGGCUAUUGUCUCUGUAUUCCUAGAUGUUUCUUAAAUUUGUUUUUUCACGAGAUUGUUCAAUGAAGCCCCAUAUUUGUGCAUAUGCAUGAGUUCCUGAUCAGAUUUAAUUUCUUCUUCCAUUCUUCUUAUUAUCACUUUGUGGGAUUUUCAUAUUUCAUUUAGGGAAGAGGUUACGUGUACCAUUUUGGGAAGAGAGUGCUGCUUGUGCUUGGGAUUGAAAACUUGAAGGAGAACAAAUUAAACCUCCUUCAAUCAUGAAACAGGAUGUUGCACAAGAUAACACCAACUCACAUCCAAAGAAAUCAAUUCCACCCUACAUGAAGGCAGUCUCUGGUUCGCUUGGAGGUAUUGUGGAGGCUUCUUGCCUGCAACCUAUUGAUGUGAUCAAGACCAGAUUGCAGCUUGAUAGGUCAGGGAAUUACAAGGGAAUACUACAUUGUGGUGCCACAAUUUCAAGAACUGAAGGGGUACGGGCUUUAUGGAAGGGAUUGACACCUUUUGCCACACAUUUGACUUUGAAGUAUGCCCUUCGAAUGGGUUCAAAUGCAGUACUUCAAUCAGUGUUUAAGGACCCCGAGACUGGGAAGCUUAGCAGUCAUGGGCGGCUCCUUUCUGGAUUUGGUGCUGGGGUGCUCGAGGCUGUCAUUAUUGUCACACCAUUUGAGGUGGUGAAGAUAAGAUUGCAGCAGCAGAAAGGUCUUAGCCCUGAGUUUUUGAAAUAUAAAGGUCCUAUUCAUUGUGCUCGAAUGAUUAUCAGGGAAGACGGCUUUCGUGGGCUUUGGGCAGGAGUUGCUCCUACUGUAAUGCGUAAUGGGACAAAUCAAUCUGCCAUGUUCACUGCCAAAAAUGCUUUCGAUGUGCUUUUAUGGAAGAAACAUGAAGGAGAUGGGAAAGUCCUCCAACCAUGGCAAUCUAUGAUUUCUGGAUUCCUUGCAGGUACAGCAGGUCCUAUUUGCACUGGUCCAUUUGAUGUAGUGAAAACAAGGUUGAUGGCCCAGAGCCGAGAGGGGGGUGAACGCAAAUACAAGGGUAUGAUCCAUGCCAUCAGAACAAUAUAUUCUGAAGAAGGACUUCUUGCCUUGUGGAAAGGUCUGUUGCCUCGGCUCAUGAGGAUCCCACCUGGACAGGCCAUUAUGUGGGCUGUGGCUGAUCAAAUAAUUGGUUUGUAUGAGAGGAGAUAUCUUCAAAUUCCGGCAUUGUAGUUUUUUUACUUUCUUUUUGCUUGCUCCAGAUAUUAAUUCCAUUGCAAGGCUACAAAAUCAUCAUUUUAGCCUCUAAUUACGGUUUACUAUCUUAAUUACCUUGAAUUUUAUGAGUGGACCAUUAGGGUCCAUAUAUAAAAGUUGCAUUUGACCUAGACUAGGAAAUAUUCUCAAAAGUCAUUAUUGCAGAACUACUAGUUAGCGAGCCCUUUCACGUACUGGUUC